CUCCCUCCCUCUCUCUCUCUCUCUCUCUUUCUGAACCCCCUCUGAACCCCCAUCUGAACCCCCCCCCCUGUGAACGCCGCGCUUCUCAAGCAAAUGUCAGCGUCACCAGAGAAGCCAUCCGCAUCGCCAACCGACUCUGUGACCAUCGAGCUCGGCAGCAGCGAUCAGCCGGCACCGGCCACCGUCCCUGCCCCUGCCUCUGCUUCUACUUCUGCUGCUGCACCCACCACCCAGCGCGAACUCAAGGCCAGCCGCAAAAAGCUCGAGUGGACGCCGUCGGCCGACAACCGCGCCCACCGCGCGCGCCACAGCCACCAGUCGCGAUCCAACAGCACAACGCCCAGCACGCUCUCCACGGACGAGGACGAUUCGACCUCGGACGAGGACGGCUCGACCGACACGGACGGGAGCGCCUCGCUGUCGUCGGAAUCUGGAUCCGUCUCCAAGGCCGUCAACCAGAACGCUGACAAUGAAGAGUCCGACCAGGACGACAUUGUCGACUCCAACACGGAGGAUUUGCGCAUGGCACGCGCCACCCCGCGCAACAAGCGAAAGCCAAGGCGCAAGAGCGCAGACCAGACUGCCGGAGAUCUGGAGGCUGCCGGCGUGGAGAGCGAUUCCGGCAAUGAGGGUGACAACGACAGCAACUCGCGGUUUGCCCCCAGCAGCACCCAAAACUCCAACAUGCAGCUCACCUCCACCGUUGGUUCGUCGCCCAGCCUGGCGCACGUCGCGGGUGCGACCCACCAACCCGCGCGCAAGCCCAAGGUUGGCACGUACGAGACGGCUUCGGCGCUGUCCAAGUUUUGCUUUGUCUGGCUCGACAGCGUCUUGCGCCGCGCUCGGCAAAAGAAGCUGGCAGAGUCCGAGCUCAACGUCCCGGCCACCGAAGAGGCCGAGCUCUGCUUUCAUGAGUUUGAGCGGCACUGGCAGGCCGAGCUGGAGCAGGCUGGCUGGUCUGCUUUCAGCGGCAAUUGCGAAAAGCUGGCACCCCAGGCAAACGGCGCCCCUCACGGUGGUUCUGGUUCUGCUGCUGCUGGGACGAAGACUGUGCCACCUCGCCAGCCCUCCGUUCUCCGCGCGCUUCUCAAGGCGUUCUGGCGUGACUUUUUGUGGUCGGCCUUCUUCAAGCUCAUGUGGGGCGCGCUGAUGGUCUUGACCGCCUCCUACUUUGUGAUUGAAAUUGUCGCCUUUGUCGCCGAUCCCACCCUUCCGUCCUACCGCGGCUGGAUUUUGGCCUGCUUUUACGGGUUUUGCUGCUUUUUGCUCUCUGCCGCUCUCCAGCAAAUGACCAGUCUGGCCUCCCGCGUCGGUCUCCGCGUGCGUGGCGCCAUGAUGACGGCCGUGUACCGCAAGGCGCUCACCGUCGAGGGCGUCGCUUCGGAAAUUAGUAACGUUGUCACCCUGGUCUCCUCCGACUGCUCGCGUCUGAACGAUGGCUGCACCAACUUCCACUACCUCUGGUCUGGUCCGAUUGAGGCCCUCUGCAUUGUGUGCAUUGUCUUUACCCAAACCGGUGUCUCGGCCGUUGUCGGCCUCCUCAUUGCCCUGCUGAUUGUUCCCUUGCAGUACGUGAUUGCGCUUCGCGUCGCGCAAAUCCGUCGCAACAACAUUGCUGCCACCGACGUGCGCGUCCAGGUCAUGAAUGAAAUUCUGCAAGCCAUCAAGCUCGUCAAGUUCUACGCCUGGGAGCGCUCCUUUGCCCGUGCCGUGGAGCGUCUUCGCGCCGACGAACUCAAGUACCUCCGCCAGGGCUCGUACUUUAAGACCGUCCACCUCGUGAUUGUCUUUUUCAUCCCCGUCAUUCUCACGCUGUGCAUCUUUUCCAUCUUCAUUUUCUGGCAAGACCAGUACCUCGACGCUGUCAUUGCCUUUACCGUCCUGUCUCUGUUCAACAGUCUCCGCUUCCCGUUGGUCGUCCUGCCCGUCGCCAUCAAGAACUUUUCCGACAGCAGCUCCUCGCUCAAGCGCAUCUCGACCUUUUUGCUGCUGCCCGAGAUGGCACCGCGCGUUCGUCUCAGCACCCCAGGCAUUCGCAUCGAAGACGCCACAUUCUCGUACACUGCCGCCGCCAAGCCUGCCAACUCGCACACCAAUCUUCCCUCGCUCGUGGACAACGCCCCGCAGGCCCGCACGUUCAUUCCUGGUCUGUCUGGCAUCAACAUUGACCUCCACGGCCCGACCCUGCUCGCCGUCGUCGGCUCUGUCAGCUCUGGCAAGACAUCGCUCAUCAACGGUCUUGUCGGCGAUGCCGUCAUCACUGCCGGUACCGCCAAGGUUGGUGGCACGCUCGCAUACGUGCCGCAGACCUCCUGGAUUCAGCACGCCUCGGUUCGCGACAACAUUCUGUUUGGUCGCCCCAUGGACGAAGCGCGCUACCGUCGCACCGUGUUUGCCUGCGCCCUCGAGAGCGACUUUAAGAUUCUGCAGUUUGGCGACAUGACUGAAAUCGGCGAGUCUGGUAUCAACCUUUCUGGCGGCCAAAAGCAGCGCAUUUCGCUCGCUCGUGCCGUCUACUCCAACUCUGAUGUCUACCUGCUUGAUUCGCCUCUCAGUGCUGUCGACCACCACACUUGCACCCACAUUUUCGAGCACUGCAUCAAGGGCAUGCUCCGCGACAAGACGGUCGUGCUCGUGACGCACCAGCUGCACUUGCUUCCGCAGUGCGAUCUCAUUCUUGCCUGCAAGGAAGGUCAGGUGGCAUACUAUGGUCCUUUCGAUCCGAUUGCUGUUCGCGGUGCCUUCCCCGGCAUUGCGGAUGAGGUGCCCGACCUGCCUGCCGGCUUGCACGGUGUUCCCAGCAAGAUUGCUCUUUGGCGCCAGCGUCCCGCAGCCCCCUUCGACACUCUGCCCAUGUCUCCCGUCGAAGUCAUUUCGACCGUUCGACCUGACUCGCUCGAGGAGACUGUCAUGACCGAAGGCAAGGAAGGUGGCUCGAAGGCCCGCAAGUCGGAGCGUCGCAGCAAGUGGUACAAGAGCUACGUCGAGUGGUUCCGCCAGGGCACGCGCUUUGGCUUUGUGAUGGCCGUCCUCAUUGCUGCGGGUGCUCAGGUCAUCCGCACGCUCGCCGAUUUGUCCGUGCGUGAGUGGGCUCAGAACGGAACCAACCCGGACCAGAUGCACUACUUGAGCAUUUACCUCGCGUACAUUAGCGCCUUCUUGGUGGCCCUGUUUAUUCGUGGCCUGGUUUACUUUGCCGUCACCCUCCGCGCUGCGACACGCCUGCACAACAAAAUGUUCCGCGCCGUUCUCCGUGCGCCGCUUGCCUUCUUCACCGUCACUCCCCUCGGUCCACUGCUCAACUGCUUCUCGCGUCUGCAAGACCAGGUCGACGAGACGCUGCCCGACUCGCUCCACAUGGGCCUGAUUUACUUUAUGAUUCUGAUGACCACCGUGGGCGUCCUCAUUGCCCUCAUCCCCUGGUUUGCGCUCGUGUCGGUGGCCCUCCUCGUUGCCUUUAUCGUCCUCCAACACUUGUACGGCCAGGCUUCCAAGUUUAUGAAGACGCUGGUUGCCGUGUCCACUCCGCCCGUGUACGCCCACGUCUCUGAGAGUCUCGCUGGUAUCAGCGUUGUUCGCGCCUACGAGGCUCAGCCACGCUUUAUCAACCACAACAUUCGCCUGAUCAACCGCAACCACGUCGCACUGUUCAACACUGAGCAAAUUCAAUGCUGGGUGGCCUUCCGUCUCGACUCGGUCGCCUCGCUCAUGGUCUUGGCCACCGCGUUGUUCUGCGUCGGUCUCCGCGACGACCUCAAGGCUUCGGCGGCUGGUCUUGCCAUCUCGAGCGCCCUGCAAAUGCUCGUCUUCUUGAACAAGUUUGUGCGCUCGGUCACCGAAGUGCGCUCGCAGAUUUCCGCCAUCGAGACCAUUUCGCACUACAUUCGCAACACGACUCCCGAGUUGGACACCCCAGCCCCGAUUGCGCGUCUCACGGCCGCAAACGAAGAUACCCACGGACGCGGCCAGCGUCACGAACGCAAGAAGCAACGCCGCGAGCAGCGUCGCCAGCGUCGCGAGCAGCUCAGCCUGCAAAAGCAGAACGAGCAGGUGCCCAUGGAAGACAACCGCCUUCGCCGUGAAAUUGAGCUGAACGAGGUCACCAUCACCUCCACCACCUCUGCGACCACUGGCCGUCCCAAGGUGCAUGUGGCCCGCGCUCUCCCUCCUCGCCGCAACUGGCCACCGGCCGGCGGUAUUGCCUUCACCGACGUCAACAUGCGCUACUUCCCGACCAGCGAUCUGGUCUUGCGUGGCGUCACCUUCACUGUCCAGCCGCGCGAGAAGAUUGGCAUUGUUGGCCGCACUGGCAGCGGCAAGAGCACCCUGCUGAUGGCACUCUUCCGUCUUGUCGAGAUGGAGGCCGGCAGCAUUCUGAUUGACGGCACCGAUGUGACCAAGCUGGGGCUGGAGGAACUUCGCGGCUCGCUCGCCAUCAUUCCUCAGGAGCCCGUCAUGUUCCACGGCUCCAUCCGCUCCAACCUCGAUCCUUUCAACGAGUUUACCGACGCCGAGCUGUGGCUCGCCCUAGAGCUGUCGCACUUGCGACGCACCGUGGAGCGCAUGCCCAAGCAGCUCGACACGCCUGUCGCCGCGAACGGCACGGACUUGUCCCUUGGUCAAAAGCAGCUCUUCUGCUUGACGCGCGCCAUCUUGCGCAACUCGAGUGUGCUUGUGCUUGACGAAGCCACGUCUGCCCUCGACUUGGAGACGGACUCGCUCAUCCAAAAGACCCUGCGUGGUGUGUUUGCCGACUGCACGGUGCUCACCAUUGCUCACCGCCUCGAGACCAUCAUGGACUACGACAAGGUCUUGUUCCUCGAUCGCGGCAAGGUGAUCGAGUUUGGCCCCGUGAAGCAACUCAAGGAGGACAAGAAUUCGCACUUUUACUCGUUGCUCCACGCCGACGACGAUCAUUCGGACGAGCCCGCAAAGAAGGCGUCUUCUUCUUCUGCUGCCGCCGCCUCCUCUGCCGCCGCUUCCGAUGAUCACGGCACUCGAGUGUAGAGUACUGCAUUCACUGUCUCGUUAUUUUAAUCCCCCCUUUUUUAGUGUGUGUGUGUUGUCAAUUGGAGGGCGUGUAUGGUUUGUGCUGAGCGCACAUGCAUCCUGUCCGUUUGUCUGUCUGCCUGUCUGUCUGUCUGUUUCUCUUUAUCUCUUGUCUCUCUGCCUCUUAACUUCUCUUUGUUACCUUGUGAUUCUUGCGUGUCUCUUGUAUCCAUUUCUUGAUGAAGUCUGACUUUGUACUAAAAUACAUUCAUUUUUGCAACAUCCCGC